UGCUCUUGCCAGAGAGCAGGCAUGAAUAGUACCGUCCGGGCCCACAACCGUGCCGCUGGCAAGAGCACGGUUGUGGAUGCUCUAAUAAUCAUUCAUGGAACAUCUCUCAACUCUGAUUUCACUAUGCUAAUAGUGCUAGUGAACACUGACAAAUCUUUUGAAGGCUUGCUGUUAAAUGAUUGCAAUAAGAGUAAGAAUACUAUGUUUUUUGCUUAAUUUAUCAAGAGAAUUAGGCGAUGAAACAAAGAAAUUGUGAUAUUUUCAUUGAUCCCUUGGAAGUGGCACAAAGGUAUCUUAAUUUUGUGGAAAAUGUUAUAAAAAGUCAUAUCAGCUAAAAGUUGUACCCCAAUUAUUAACAAACGACUGACUAACAAAAGUUUGAUGUGGAUAAGAAUUCCUUGUGACACAAAUCCACCAUGAUUUGAUUGUUGAGCAGAAUGAUCGCUCUAGCAUAUAAGAGCAUCAGCAAUGGCCCGUCCCGGCGGAAUUCCGAUCGGCGUGCCGGAAUUCCGUGGCGGACGUCCGCCAUUGUGCAUGGUAUGCACGGAUACGGAAUUCCGCCGAUGACACCGCAGUUCCGCGGCGUUACGCGGAAUUCUGUCGCGACGGGUGUGCGGACAUCCGCCAUUGCGUUGACUCACACGGACAUCCGCGCGGAAUUCUCGUUUAUUGCAUUAAAUGGAAUUUAAUGGAAUUUUUCCCUAUUUGUGUCGAAAUUUUAAUUCCGUAAACUGUUUAAUUCCGGAAAUUGUUUAAUUUGUGAAUUUGUGGUUUUUUUAAUUGUGGAAAGUCCUUCGGGAAGUCCUUGAGGAUGUCCGUCACUGUGCAGUGGGAAGUCCUUAUGAUAUGGCAGUGCAGUGGGGAGUCCGUAUGACGUGACAGAAUGUGUUUUUGGGAAUUCCGCGGGGAAUUCCGCGCCACUGCUGAUGCUCUAAUUCACUCGUAGCACACUAUUAUGCUGAAAUGUCCUUAUAUAGUUAUCCUUAACACCUUAUUGUUUUUUGGUCUUGUCUUGGUUCAAAGCACCAUUUAGUACCAUUGGAUAAAUUGAUCUUUUCCUGCCAAAACAACUAUUAGUUGAAUUCACCGAUUAUAUGUUAUUAGUUCUAUGAAAGAAAGACAUGAAUUUGAUUCUAAUCCAGUGAGUUUAGAAGAGAGAUUAAUGCCAAAUUUUUAUUCGAAUGUGGUGUGGGAUCAUCGGGAUUUUGGAGGGGGAGCAAGAAGGGACCAGAACAUGAAAACUUUUAACUAUGAAGGGACACAUAUUGCUAGAAUCUGCUGGUAUGACAAAAACCUCAGCUGUAAGAAUAUUGUGUGUGCAUGUCAGUCUUUGUAUGUGUCUCACUCGCACAGUUUCUGACACAACUACUUCGAUAUUUUGGGGGCGUUCACUUUCGCUGAUACGAUUUGAUGAGAAAAAUAUAAGCUAAGCUGCCAUGUACUUUGAUAGAUUGAUUAAUUCCAAACUUUUUUGAUCAUCUAAUCUCUCAAAUAGUUCAGUCAAUAAAUACUAGUAAUAUAUAUAUAACUAAUUAAGUUUUCUUAUUAAUAUUAGUAGGAUUUGAAUAUUCUAAAAUACUAUAAAAUUAUCCGAUAUGGAAACUAUAGCUUAAUGUAUCUUAAUUAUGUAUGUGGUUUGUUUAUGAAGAAAAAAUACUCAUUAUUGAGCUCAGUGUCCCCAUAUCCAUGCCAUAGGAUAGCUCUUCAUUAAAUUAUGUCUCACUGUUGAACAUGUAAAAACUGUACUUUUUCUUUAACACAUUCAAGCCAUGUUUCCUGAACAUGUUAAGUAAAUAUGUUUCCAAAUCGCAUAGAGCGAUUGUGUAUUUUGCAUAUUUUUUCAAUAUAAUUUCAAAUGCUUUUUGGACAUCUCAAAACAACUGCAAGAUGUUACACAGUUUUGAAACCAAGACAACUCAUACACUAAAACUACACAUGGAAAUGGGGGGACCUUCCUUGGAUCUUUUUCUCCAUUUAUACAUCAAUAUUUUCACCUAUUUCCUAUUGAAUCCAGAAAUACAAUCUGUUUUAUCUUUCACUUGCUUCGUGCUAUUUCUUUUUAUUACAAUGGAGGGUAAUCAACUGCCAUGCCAAGCUUCCUACAUGAGAAAUGCUCUAUUCAACCAGGGAUAUCUCGAUGAUCAAUUCCUUCAAUUGGAAGAUUUGCAAGAUGAAGCUAACCCUAACUUUGUGGAAGAAGUGGUCAAGCUAUUUUACUCAGACUCAGCCCGCCUUAUUCGAAACAUAGAACUGACACUAGAAAAUACUCCCUGCGACUUCGAGAAACUGGAUAAUAUCAUGCAUCAGUAUAAGGGUAGCAGCUCUAGCAUUGGUGCCAAAAAAGUCAAGAAGGAAUGCACACAAUUUCAAGAAUACUGCAAAGUUGAGAACAUUGAUGGGUGCAUGAGAACAUUCCAAGAGGUAAAACAAGAACAUGCAUCUCUGAAGAGGAAGCUUGAGAACUAUUUUCAGCUUGUAAGAGAAGCUCGAUAACUUGCUGGAGGAACGACGCUACGAAGAUGAUGAUGCCAAAUAAGUGAAUGACUGUUACUACUUGUAGAGUGGGAAACUUUUGACUAAAUAAGUAAAUGUUGCUUUCUGUAGAAUGAAAUAAAUUUUGACUAGUCGAAUACGAA